UCUGCACUGAACUUUGUGCGAGAAUAAUUGUAUCGUAUUGUAUGCCUGCUGUGGUCGUGCGAGAGAUAUCUUAAAUUUCGGUUUUUAGAGACGAGUUUGAGUGUAUAUUACUUACUCUUCAGAAUGAGUACUACUGAGGUAGUUUCUGUUUCUAGGUCAUCUCGGUCGUAGUUCCAGAAGUUGACCACAGAGAUCUAGCUUCAGCUACUUCCAACAUACCUCGUCCGUAUAUUCGAACAAACCUCGUUCGUAUAUGCUUCCACAACGUCAUAUGCAACACUUGUCACCACUGCAGGUUUCGGUAUCCUUGAGAAUCCAAUCGGUUUGCGCCACAGCAUUUUCCUCCCACAUUUUCCGAAACUUCCACUCCAACCAUAAAUAUUUACUUGUAAAAAAAACCGAAGUCCAUUGUUCUAAGUAGUGCUAGAAUUUACUACAGGAGUGGUUGUUACUCGUAGGGGUUUCAGAUUUUUGGAGGUGGAUUCAUAACAAGAUGAGUGCUGAUCUUAGAGAGUACGAUACAAAAAUUGAACGAGUCAUUGUUGAAAAAAAUAGUCCCUCUUGAUCAUACGUAUUCGAUUUUCGUCUCCAUUUGUUCUUGGUACAAUCAUUCUGGUGAAAUAAGUGAGUAUCUGAUCACGUCGACGAGUAGAGCCUACAUUUUUUUUACUUACGAGUAGAGCCAGACAAAGAUAUUACUACCCAACGACGUGGUUUCUCCUAGUCAUCUCAGCCAGCCUGUGAAGUGUACUAGGACCCUGAACCUGGAACCGUGCACGCUACAACAAAGGAGCUGCUGGAAGAUACGACCUGCCUUGUACUAUCUAUGCUGGGAGAAUGGUGCUGCUUCCAAAUUCCAACUUCCUUGGUCGCACUUCUUCUGGGCACCAGACGAGAAUGCUGAAGUCUGCUUGGGUCCUCGGCUUUUCCGCAUUCACAGGAGUUUUGGCCCAUGAUGAGAAGCACAAGCAUGGCAAUCACCACAAGCACAAGACCAGCACUAGUUCGUCUUCUUUUACCACUACAACUAGCUCGGACAACCCCCGCCAGGAUCACAUGGAUGGCCAUUCCAUCAGCAGUAAGAUGAGCAACGAAGGCACACCCACAACCUUUUCCUUGUUGCAGCUCGGCGAAUCCGCUACUGCAAAAGUUAAGGUUCUAGUUUUGCUUUUGUAUGUGCUGUGCAAGAUUAUUAACUCAAAAGAGAUUCAGGGAAGUCGUGGGUCCAAUCCGAAUCGACUAACAUCAUCAUGGCCUAGCUCUUUCUCCCUGCCUCGUAAAUCUUAGGUUAGGCCGUCCCUCGAAGUCGAUCCAAUAACAACUUGUCAGCCUGAUUCCUUACUUAGCACUACAUUAAGAAAGUAGCCAGUUGAAAAUUUUCCCUCGUCUUACUCCCUCCACCACGCAUUAACCGAAUUCCUUGUGAGAUGAAUCAAUACUUGAUAGUUCAUCAUUCGGUCUCAUUGCCCUUUCUAUUUGAAGGCACAAUUUGACUGGAAGGGCCUCAAAUCCAUUUGACAGGAUGGAACAUGAGGUCGCAUGACAUGACAGGGGAGAGAUCAAUGGGAGUUGUGGUCAGGGGUGAAUCGGGACAAUUUCCCUCUCAAGGUAGUUCUCCCUCUUUAGCCUCUUAGUUAGGGGUUGAGUGAUCUACCUCGUGAGGGGUUGAGUGAUCUCCUAUUUACCUCCUUAGUGGGGUGAUACUCACACUCAGGCACUCGUAGGAUACCUUUAUUUCUAAAUAGAGUCUACUCUAUGUAUGGGAUACUUCUCUAUAACAAGAAUGUAUACUACUCUUACAUCGGCGAAGCAGUGGACCCUCAACCUUAAUCUUAACCUUGCUGGGGAACAACUUAUAAUUACUAUAGCAUACUUGUACUUCACAUACUCAUGAUACCUCGUCCAUUUUUUACGUAUGUCUAAGAAGACCAAGGGGAAAGCAGGGAGUGGAAAUGUGAAGGAAAUGGACCCGGGAGAUGUGGUGAUAAAGGUGAUUGGACCUGGCGAUGCCGCACAAGAUGAAAUCGCUGUGGAAAUCCUACAGGCGGUAUUAUCUUCCUUCAUACUAGACCAUUAUUAUAGUCAUAGUCUGACUAAUAUACUUGUUUAUACUUGUUACAAUGAAUGAAUGAAUGUUACAUUAUCAUGAUAGGAGGUACAGACUCGAGGACAUCUGGAGAACUACGUUAAUAUGUUACGGAAUAUUUCUGUAAUUUUUGAGCAGCUUAUGGUUCCUAGGGAGAUCUGAAAAUGGUAGUACAUUCUGAUCGUUUACUUUAUCUUGUUCUUGAGAUUGUUAAAGAUUAUGGUGAUAAGCAGUACUAUAGACAUUUGUUAUAAAUCAGGCCUUCACGUCUUUUUUUUGGUUUUUUCCUAGUUAGCUUCGCUCCACCACUACUAUAACACGGAGUUGCGUUAAUCCGCUCGAGUAUGCAGGUAAGACUGUGGGCGGCGGACUGAAUCCUAAUCCUAAACAUGACAUAUUAAAUGAAAAUGAAUCGUGAGAAUCGUAUCAAUCUUCAGUUGAUGCCGGGUCCGAUGCACGGCGCUCAGGGUUCCAAUGGAGGGGGUGGAGUCGUGGUGGGCGAUGCCCAACGAGGCGAUCCUAUGUUAAGGCUACAAGAAAUCCAUCUUCACAGGCAUGCUCACAGGCAUGCCCUUUAGGCUAAAAGAAAUCCAUCUUGGUCCUCCCGACCUUUUUUAAAGGGACGAAAACAGGCAUGUCCUGCAGGCUAAAACAAAUCCGUCGUCCUCCCGUUUUUCGACUUUGCUUAGUUCUAACUCCGCAAGCGAUGAGGCGUGACUUGGAUCUGUCUAUUGCUAUGGGUUUGAUGCCCAUCAUCCAGGCGAUGGGCAAGCCCCCGGUACAUCCUUGUGAUCCUAUCUUGGAAAAGGUCUGUCCUGGUAUUCCGCGAAACCGCGUACACGAUUCCAUCCACUGUCUCGCCACUCAUCCAGAGCAAGUCUCGAAAGAGUGCGAACAACGGGUACUUGAUGAUAGAUUUUAUUGUUGUGGACAAACGCGGUGUGGACCACGUCGUUCCCUCAUAUCGUCCCAGGACGUAGAGGCGCGGCAGUCGCAGCUGCGGGGAGGUCGGCGCCCUGUGGAAACAACGGCGCCCUGUGGAGGCGAACUGAUUGAUUGAGUGCUUGAUUGUUGUAGUACUUAGCGUUCAUCCACUACUACAGUAUCAAGUAUAUGACUUUCCUCGAUGGUUCGGAUGUAAGUAGCUCUUAUUCUCUACUUGCAAUUUUUUAUAAAUGAAUGUAAUGAAUACUUAGGAACAAUGAAUACAAGGAAUAUUAGCUAUUUAAGCAAAAAGUAGAAGUUGUGGCUGUUGUAGAGGAUUAUAAAAUAUAUCUUUUGUAGAAAUACGCGAGGUCUUGUACUACUAGAAAAGAGGCGGGUUUGUUUAUAAUUGUCCUCAUUCGACGACGGGCGUCAACUAGUAAAUACUUCUCAUCACACUUGUAUUUGUAUAGUUGCUAACUUCGAGUGUCCACAUCAACGCUUUACCUCAGAACAGAACGAUGUACGUUUCCUUCAGUGUUGUACUUUGUACGUUUACCACCUCAGUAUACAACCUUGUACUACGUUACCACGCCUCGACCACAUCAACUAGGUUCACAAUUCGCUGUCGUAUUUGUGCCAUAAGGAACUGGAAACUCUGUGUGAUGAAAGGAAGACGGACCCGUUCGACAUUUCUCCGCUGCAGUGCUUGCGCGUUGCUAUGGAGCAAGAUGCGCGGCAGGUGAGCGAGCAGUGCACGAACGCCAUGCAAAUCACACAUCGCAUCAUGAACACGCUGAACACGCCUGGUGCGAAAAUCACUCUCGAGCACAAGGAUGCAGCCAAAGCCGCAGAGGAGGGACCAUUACACGUUGUGGACCCACAAACAGGUAUUUGUUUCGACUGGGUGGAUGUUUCAACUUACUUAUGAAAAUAUAUUCAUUUACAAGUCCCAACUCAGAAUAAUUUCUGUGGUUUAUAUGUUUCAAGGUCGUGUAGGUGUAUGUUUUAACUUUAAGGUCGUGUAGGUGUUGAUUUGUGAAAGUCAUAGUUCAAAUUCUCAACUCGUGUGAAGAUGAGACUGCCACCUUUAUGGCCACGUGAUAUAACCCCUGUCGCUGGGUACCUUACUGCCAUGAUGUAUGAGAAAAAUUAUCAUAUUCAAAAGGUCAUACGAUGUCUUCGCUGGCCUCGGUUGCGCAGUGGCAAAAGACGGUGCUUUUUCCGGUCGUAGGCGCCCUGUUAUUGACCAUUAUGGUCGGGGCACUGCUGGGUCGCUCCGCGGUGGUGCGACAGGCGGCGCGUGAGCACCUCGAGUCUGCUCGGAUGGCCGUCAAAAGCUACUUCGUGCCUACCAGGUCGUACACCAGUGACAGUGGACAGGAAAAUCUAAACGACUUCGGGUUGGAGCCUGGCUGCAAAGUUAAGGUUAUAGUAGUAUUCAGAUUUUGAAAAAUUAUUUAUAUUAGAACAUUUCGUAAGAAGGAUGUUGGAUUGGAUGGAUUGCAUGGCAUUGCAUGCAUUGCAUGAGCCGAGGGGGUCAGAGUGCGACCUUCUUAAGGGAGCGACACGGGAACGAAGACUCAGGGCGCGGCAUAGGAAUAAUUGGCUCCGUUGUAGGAGUAAGUACUUGAAUAGUGCUGGCACGUACUAGCUAUUGUAAGUAGCUCGACUAGGCUAGCUUGCCUGUGAUCUCGACCGUCUUGCUCACUGUUCCCUGGCGCACACAGGCCACGGCGUUUGCGCUGCUCCUUGCUUGUUUCUGGGGCGAGGUCACAGUGGGGCCGUGUUUGUGUUCGUGUAUCGUAAAGUAAUUCUCCGGCGGAGCCGCCCGGUAUUGCGGAGGAAGUAUGGCGCCCGAAGGGCGCCGCGCAAAAUAUAUUGUUUUUUGGGUGGUCCAUCCAUGCAAUGCAUGCCAUCCAUGCCAUGCAAUCCAGAAGUUCGGAGGUUGCCUUAUAUUCUAUUAUAUAUUUUCUACACUCUUACUCCACCGAAAUACUGAUCUUAGAAAGUCCUAGGUUCAUCUUAUAUAUUAUAUAUUGAAGAUUCAUUCAGUAGAGGUAGAGCGUCGCAACAACUCAAAUGCAAUCUCAACAGCUGCUUGAUCAUAUUAAGAGUCCGAGUCUUUUUGCUUUGUACUAAGUACCUAAGACGUCUAAGUACAAGUAGGUACAAGGUUCUUGUCAUCCCUCUAAUAGAGAUCCGCAGAUGCGUCGCGUGCACCUGAACACAGCAGCGAUCGAGAUUUCGCCGGAAUCGAGUCCGAUGCACGUAACCACGGGUGCACAAAUGUUGGCGGAUCCUCUCUUAAGGCUCAUGAGGUAAAGGCAAAUAAGUAACUCUACUACGUCGGUCUUUUGAUCGAAAAAUGUAUAGCGGCAAUGAAUCUAGUGCAUGUAGUCGAAAUCCAAAGCUAUUUGGUUUAGAUUUUCUGUCUAAGGCUAAUAGAUGCAACUUUGUACUAGGAUUACAUAUUUCUUUUCUAAUGCUUGUCGGAACGGAGCCUGCUGCUGUCGUCUCACUCAAUGGAGUUGGUAAUGCUGCAGGACACAAGUACGCGGGUCACGGCGACCUUGCGACUUCUUCCGUACGAGGUGGGGCAAACUCAGCUGUCUAGGCGGAUGACGAUUUGUUUCAGAAGUGUUUGAAAUCGAUGAAGGGAGAGGGAAGAGGAGGACUAGUUUAUGAACAAUGGCGAGGAAUUGAAAAGGAAGGACUAGUUAACGAAGGGGGAGGAAAUGAAAGAGGAUUCCAGUAGUUAUGAUAGACGUUGGUCGUGUAGUUAUUUUUCGCCAUCUGGAGGCUUGAAGUAUCCAGCUCUAGAGUUGUGGGAGGCCCUUUAUCCUCAAGGGCGGGAGCGAGAGCAUACGACACGGCACCCUUUCGGGUGCGGAUGGUGAAAAACUACCGCUUCGUCAUAGAGGCAAGAUUCAUCAUGCGCACAAGUAGACAUAGACACAUUUUAUUUGACUUUAACAAGAAAACCAAAAGUAGACAUGAUAAAAAGUAGACAUGAGGGUACUUAAGUGAGUACUACACGAUGAUUAUGCUGAAGAUGCAGUAUUAAGAACAAUACAUCUGAUUCUAGUUAUGAAACAGUAUGCCAGCAACAACAAGAAAUAGGCCGCUGUCCUGAAAAUGACUAUCUGUCAUGAUAUCGUUGUACAUAGAUGGAAGGAAGACGUUCAAGAUGUAGAGUCAAGGAAGGUGCUUGUGAAAGUAAACCUAUCGAAGAUCUUCGUUCAGAAAGAAAAACUAGACCAAUUGGCUUUCUUCCACUACGCAUGAGAUAGCAUAAGUUAAAUGUCAUAAAUAUCAAAUCAGAAGAAGAUCGUAAUCGUUGCAGCCCGGAGCGCAUCAUCAAUACAAACAAACGAACGAGUAGACUUGAUUUGAUACGUAAAUAUACAUAAAGAGAGCCCAAGCUGUAAUCAAUGCAGAAAGAGUGAUGGCCAGUUCAACAGCUAAUGUGGUGAUCGAUUCCAGAACGAAUUACUAGAAAUGUGGAAGAAGUUGCAAGUAGAGCCAGCCGUAAUCAUGUUUAGUUACUCUUCGUUGUGUGCCUGUCGUAGAGCAAUUAUUAGAGAUAACAAAUAAAUAACUCUAUUGUGAUGUUGAUGCUGUGAUGCUAGAAGUAUCUGGAGGAUACAGGUCGUUUGCCCCGUGGAAGGUGUAGGUGAGGCAAAUGUUAUCCUAUCAUGAUCGUCACGUUCGGUUCGUUUUUCCCUCAUAGCCUAGAUGUAUCCUUGCAUGCAAGCUAUCAUGAUCGUCACAACUAGUACUACGCGGCGUUUAAUACUUCUAUCGUGUGACUCUAGAAUCAUAACCGAUGAUAGAUUCUCUGCGACUAAACGGGGCGAAGAUAUUAAAGUGACCAACUUUAUGUCGAUGCCUAAGAACUUGAACAGAUUGAAGUUCAAGUUCUAUCUGCAGCAUCUAGGUGAAGUAUCAAGAACUAGUCUCUACUUCAUCUAUCAGAGCUACUAGUGUCUACGGGCGGUUUAUCGGUUCUCGUUCAACAGUUAAAUGUUCCGGGCGUGUAGACAGUAGGACAUCAAAAAAUGAAACAGCACUAGCAAAGACGCGGCGCCCAUGUUGACAGCUCUAGCUCCCCCAUCGAUCUAGGUGGAACAAGACAGAUAGAGAGAGCGCAACGGUGGAGGUCGUAACGACAACGCAGUCAAUGGACGGCCAUGUCUGCUAGUAAAUCUGGGAGACCAACGCCCAACCUAACCUAACCAGCUAUGCAGAGCGCCACGAAGAAUUUUUAACACUUUGAUGGAGAACAAGGUGGCUCGAACGAACUUAAUUUUCUAGAUCUAAGUACAACAAUGUCCGUCGCAUCAUUCUAGAAAUCCUGUACGGAACACUAACACAUCUUGCAGCUGCUAGGGGGCACACAUCUCAACAUGCAUGCAUAGAUGACCAGGAACCGCCAGACGUGAUUAGAACGAAAUUAACAAUGCAAAUUGUGAAAUCAAUCGCUAUUUGCAUAGUAUGUCAAAUUUAUCAAAUAUCGAGAAAGUAAACACUUAUUUAUUAUGAGAUUUCGGUUUGGUGGAUAAACGGGGAAAAAGAAACUGCUAGAGGACUAUAAUCUGUUUAUAUUUGAUAUUGAGAACAAAAAGAAGACCAAUCAUCUGCUAAAUAUGCGUGUGCAGCAGCAAAUAGCGAACCUUUUUUAGAUUUAUGAUAUGAUGUGAUAUGGCGGAAGCAUACGAACGUAUGCCUAUCAUGCCUUCUACAAGAUUACUCACACUCUGAAGGACGACGCCGAUUUCUACAAAAAUGCACUAAAUGUUGCAGCAAAAAACCUCUAUUGAGACCAUAUGACAUGGUGCGUUUCUCUAACGGAGGCAAAUUCUGUGAUGGGAGCGACUGCG